AUGGCCAGGAUACUCGUCCUCCCUGUUGAGUUGCGCAUCUCCAUUUUGCAAGAGUUAUCCGAUAUCGGGGAUCUUUCCGCGGCAGUUUCUAGCCAUCGUCUCCUGGCCGAGGCGCUGCACGAAUCCCCUACCAUUGUUGGCCAUGUCCUGGGAAACGAAAUUGAUCCUCGACUUUGGCCGGUCGCGAUGACAAUAUGGCAAAUGCGGACACGUAGAAAAGAUACUAAGGUUUACGACCAACGAGACGCGUCCUCGAUCCUUGAGGAAUGCCAAAGCACUACUCCCCAAGAAGCAUGGAAAUAUCUGAACACUGUGGAUCUGGCCGAGGCGCACAAAUACUUCCACCAACUACAUCGCGCUAUUGACAAGUUUACGGCCGACUUCAUAUCUAUCGCCCUUGACUUCCUAGCUGUCGACGGAGUGCUACACCACUCUCCGCCGGCACCGUCAUCUACUGAAGUCUAUCGUGUCCAACGCGCUUUCUAUUUCUUUGAAUUCUUCUGCUGUGUCUGGGAUGACGGUCCGUAUAUCGCGGACUGGGAUCGGCAGUGGUCAAUGCCGUUAGACGUUGGAUUUGACCCUUGGGUAAACGAGCAACUCGCCUCGGUGUAUGAGUAUUUAUUGAGACAACUCACUAUCGGUAACUAUGCUUCUCUAUAG